AACAAACAUACAAAAUACAAAAUGGAUCAGCUGACCUACAAUGCCACCUACGUCAAGUAUUAUUUAAAAGAGGUUCCCUACGCUGCAGCUAGUAUUGGAAUCAGUUCAUUCUUUCUCGUUGCAUUCUUAACCUAUUUGCUCUUAUUCAUUUCUUUCAUCAUUAGUGUCAAGUUGAGAAAUACUUCCAAGUGGUGCGAAAAGGAAGAGGAUCCAAUGUCUCUAUCCUCUAUUCAUAAUCAACCAGCAUCAGCCUCCUCAUCGGAUCAUGUACAACACCAGCAAUCAUCAAAGCAAGCCUCUGGAAGUAAUACUACUAAUGGACCAACAGCAGUUUCGAAUAGUAGAGGAGAAGUGAGUCAAAGUCACAGAAGUAGUUUCUCAGUACACUCUAACAAUCAUCAAAAUAAUCAGCAACAAACAAAUGGAAAAUCAAAUUCUGGACAAGAAAAGAAGGAAGCAGUCAUGAAUAAGAAUCAAAAAGUAAUGUUUUGCAUGGUUAUUUGUUUGGUUGUCAUUCAAAUCUUGGCAUUGUGUGUGAGAAGUGUGAGUGAUAUUCUCUCAAUCACGUUGGAUAAUUCAUUUAAACAAUUGACUUCCAUUACAAUUACAGAUGAGAGUUUGAGACAUCAGAUUGCAGCAUUCUUUGUAUUUGCCAGUGCAGAGUUGGGACUCACAUUUGGAAAUAUGACAACUACCUUAGUUAUUAUGUGUUUUGUUUUGAAUGUAUUUUUGACGACAUGUCAGAAAAUUGGAGCCAUCUCACCCAAAGCUUUCAAGAUUUUACAAAUUUCGAUCAUUUCUGGAAAUAUUCUCUACUUUGUAAUUGCUUCCUUGAUUAUG